ACGAUGAUACUUUAGAAUAUAUCUACGUGAUGAUAUAUUAUUUUCGAUUAAUCGAAAAUAGUUGAUUAAUUUUUGUAAGAUGGCGGCGUCAUGAUUACGUCACAUAUUUUGACUUGACACUCGCGUCGACAUCAUCCCUCUCUCACGUCUCGUUUAUUAUUAAAUAUAAAAAAAAAGAAGAAGAAGAAGUAGAAAAAAAUUUAAUUGGCACCAGGAGAGAUAUGCCACAAUAUGACGAAUCCUUUCUUGAUUCGCCUAUCUUCUUCAGACGACGCAUACGAACUUAUUCCGUACAAAAGAAAACCUCGAAAUCAAGAUCGUUCAAGAAUACGUCUGUACCUUUGUUAUUGGCCGUGACCGAUCUCAAUAACGACUUGUCUCACUCGUUUUCAAUCUGCAAUACGAAAGAAAGCAACGAGGAACGUACAAACGGAAAGGCGCGGGGCGGAAAGCUCGCGCGUCGAGCACGCUCCUUUAAGGAGGACUUUUUGGAAAAGUUAUCACACAUGCGUUCACCGGGUAGCGGUGGUACAGGGGCAGCUGGCGCAGAAAGUGCCAUAGGAGGAGGAGGAGGAGGAGCAGGCCGAGCUAGUUCACCCUCCUCCCCGCGAACACCUCGCGAUAAAAAUGGUCUUGCCGGAAUUGGACUAGGAACAUCUUCCACGUCCUCUACGGGAAAGGAUAAUAAUAAUGCAGUUAAUCAUGAAAAAAAUCCUUUACGAGACUUACACGUCCACGUGAGACAAGUGCAGCUUGCUCUUCUACAUUUUCGGGAUGUCGUUUCUAAAAAGAAACUGGAAAUGUUGCCAGGUAAUGGGACGGUCGUUCUCGACACCGUUACCACCAUACACACGGUACUCAAGUCCUAUCUUCUUUCUGAAAAUAGUUCCACCUUAGGAUCCGCAACCAAUCAAGUUUAUCAAGCACUCGCUCAGUUAUUAAAGCUAUGCGACGAUGUUUUGUUACACGGCGAUCAAUCUUCCGCUUUGGAUACAGAAAAUGUUACUCAUGUUAUCGGUUUGGUCGAAGAAGCGGUUAAGAAUUUGGUUUCCCUUGCUCACGAGAAGAUUUCCAAUCGACAGAAACCUGUUAGCGUUACGAUUAACAAUCGUGCAUCAGGAUAUGGAUUGGAAAUUGCUCCUCAGAGAAACUCGUUGCCGGAUAUACCUUUAACGCCAAGGGAAAGAGAAAUCUUGGAACAGACCGCUGCUAAUAAUAGUCUUGUCCGAAGUUCUCAUAGUUCUGAAUCUAUUUUGAGGGAUUCCAGUCCACCACCGAAACCUCCUCUACCUGACAGAACAAACGUAUGCUUCUCCGAAGAAAACAGUUCGUCUGGCACGCCACCACCUUUACCACCAAAAAGAAGAACAACCAGAACUCAACAAUUACUCGACGAAUCCGAAAGUUUCUUAGCGUCUAGUCUCGAUAGAGUCUCCUUACGUAGUCGAUCACCGGAAGACUCAUCUUCUAUCCUAAGUGCAUCAGCUGGUAGUUUGGAUUCUGCUUUAAAUCAUUCCCGUGACGAGGAUGAAAUUCGAGCUAUCAUGGGACCAAACGACGAGUCUCUCAACGAUAGUAUGGAUCUCAGUCUUAUUGCUACUAUUAAAAGUAUGCAAGUUAAUGGGACCUCUAAUUGCGCUUGUUGGGAUAGUUCUGAAAGCAGUAUACCAAGUACUAUGUUACUGGGACAACAAACACCCCAAGAAAUUCUUAAUCCAUUUACCGGUAUAGAUGGAAAAAUAGAAAGAUUCUCAACCCAAACCCAAGAAUCUGGUUUCGUAUCGAUGCAUUCUCAAAGAAGUUCUUCACAAAGUUACACCACUUCUUCCAGUACAACGUCAAAAAGAUCGUCACAACAAAGUAGUAUCAGUUACAGUUCCCAAACGUUUAGUACUCAACAACAAUCUAUUUAUCAACACAAAUUUAUAUCGGAUACCAAUGGUUCUGUUUUAACGCAAAAAUCAAUAAGCAGUUCUAAGAGUACUACAGAUAAUAUGAAUAUAGCAGAAUCUGGCGAUGCCAUUAUAUUAAAAAAAUUGAAACAUGAAAUAGAAUCGAUGACUAUAUCCGACGCUAAUGGAGUACCACCUGCAUUACCAGAAAAACGAUCUAAACGAAGAAGGGAACGUCAACCAUCGCAAUACGACAAUGUACCUGAAAAUGAACAUUUGUCUACUUGCAGUUUGCAUACCAAUAACGGCGACAGUUCUGAUACUAAUAAACCACCGCCUCUUCCGUUAAAAAAAAAACAUAUGUUCCAAUCAGUGGCAUAUUCUGUUAUGGCAUACAUGGAGAUGUUUGGAAAUUGCUCGCACAGCAACAACGAUUUCAUUUCUGGUCUUGGAACUCGUCAUUCUGUAGCAGCUUACAAUUCAAUGCAAGCGGAGUGGCAACAACAUGAAAUGGCCCUUACUACAACUCAAUCUUGUUCUUUUGUGGCUCAUACAAUAACAAAUUUACACGAUAGCACAAGCGUUUCCAUAUCUAUGACUCCGAACAUUACAGAAAUAACAAAUAAUUCUAGUCUUCCUCCUGCUUUACCACCAAAGAGAUCACGAUCUAUUAAAUCAAAUAUUGCACCUUCAACAGUUUCACCAAAGCCUACGAUUAGUAUGCAAAACAUACAUACAUCCGAACCUAUAUUAUCAUCCACUCCUGUCAGAAUUGACGAGCCAACAUAUAAUGAUGUUUUUAUUGAUAAGAAAGAUGUUGUUGUAUCCUCGACUCCAGUGAAAUUGAAUACUACUGGUACUACUAUAGAUGUAGCAUUACCAACUUCCAGACCUGCGAGUAACGCUCUCUCGUCUAUAUCCAUUAGCGAUAAUACCUUGGAAUUAAGGGACAUAGAUCAGGAUGAUAGUAUCUUGGAAGAAUUAGAUAUCAGUAAAUAUUUAGUCUUUAAGAAACCUGAUGAAGAAGGACCUGAUAUACGUGGUGGACAUCCUGACGCGUUAUUAAUUCAUGCUACUAAAGCUAAUAAGCACGAUUUUUUAUAUCAGGAAGCUUUUCUGACAACGUACAGAACAUUUAUUCAACCGCUCGAAUUAAUUCAAAAAUUACAUAAACGACAUCAACGUUUUUCUUGUUCUCCGGAUGUUACGAAACAACGGGCAGCUCGUGAAGCUUUUUCCUUGUUAGUUAGAGUAGUCAGUGAUUUAACUAUGUCAGACCUCGAUGAUACCUUGUUACAAACUUUAAUGGAAUUUGUACAGCAAUUAGUAUGCAGUGGUGAUUUGACAAUGGCUAAAGCUUUAAGAGUGAAAAUAUUAGAAAAACAUGCCGCCAAACAAUUACAAUGCGCGCAACCAAUUUUAUCCUCUUUAAGUGUAACGACAAAACAAUCAUCACUUUUAGAUUUUAAAAGUGAACAGAUCGCAGAACAAAUGACUUUAUUAGACGCAGAUUUGUUUAUGAAAAUUGAAAUUCCUGAAGUAUUAAUAUGGGCUCAAGAACAAAACGAAGAAAGGAGUCCUAAUCUAACGAGAUUUACAGAACAUUUUAAUAAAAUGUCGUAUUGGGCGAGAUCUAGAAUAUUGGAGCAUAGAUUGGACAACGAAGCAAAGGAUAGAGAAAAAUAUGUCGUCAAGUUUAUCAAAAUAAUGAAACAUCUUAGAAAGAUAAAUAAUUUUAAUAGUUAUCUUGCCUUGCUUUCUGCGUUGGAUAGUGCACCAAUUAGAAGACUCGAAUGGCAAAAACACAUUACGGAAGGCUUGAAGGAAUAUUGUGCUCUCAUAGAUAGUUCUAGUAGUUUUCGAGCAUACAGGCAAGCUUUAGCGGAAACUCAACCACCGUGUAUCCCAUAUAUUGGACUCGUCUUACAAGAUCUUACGUUUGUGCAUAUUGGGAACAGUGAUUUGUUACCAGAUGGUACUAUUAAUUUUUCUAAGAGAUGGCAACAAUUUAAUAUUGUUGAAAAUAUGAAGAGGUUCAAGAAAGGUACAUAUUCCUUCAAGAAACACGAGCGUAUUAUAACGUUCUUCAACAACUUUAGUGAUUUCCUCUGUGAGGAGGCAAUGUGGCAAAUAUCUGAAAGUAUUAAGCCACGCGGUGGAAAGAAAGUUCAAUCGCAAAACUAGAACAUAUCUAACCCUUUCACUGCCUGUGUUUCAAAAUCAAAAGGCUGAAACGGUGAAAAUUCAAAGUGAUUAUGUUUACGUGGGAACUUGCCCUUUUCUGCAAUUAAAAAAAAAAAAAAUAAAUAAUAAGAAAAAGAAAAUAAUAAUAAUAAUAAUAAUAAUAAUAAUAAUAAUAAUAAUAAUAAAAAUAAUAAUGCAUAUACGCGUAUAUAUACAUAUGUAAUGUCUAUCGAAGGAAGAAUCUAGUAUGUAUAUGUACGUAUGUGUGCGUAAAAUAUGUGUACGUAUGUGCGACGCUCUGAGAGCGGUGAAAGGGUUAGCAUGGUCUACCCCAAUGUGUACGCAACCUCUGUGAGGUUGUAUUUUAAUAUUUUUAAUUUAUACUCGCUGAAAAGUAAUACAGACAAACAAACAAACAAUAUUAAAAAUUAAAAUAUAACAAUCCAGCCUAGGACAAAUGCAAUCUUGUACAGUAUUUGAAUUUUAAUGCAUUGUCUUUUAAAAACAAAACAGAAUCAAAUGCAUGAGAAAAGAGAGAGAUAGAGAGAGAGAGAGAGAAAAAAAAAGUAAUAUCAAUAGCAAUCAGAAGUCAAAGGAGAAACAGUCAAAAUCUAGUUAGCACAAAAUUAAGAGAUUAAUUAUAUUAUCGUUAAUUCAAUGCAUUUCUCAUAAUCUUCCUUUUUAAGUGCACAUUUAUAUGAGAAAUACAUAUUUGCCUUGAUAUCCAAAUUGCAUUUAAAAUAUGAUGAUGUAUCUAUAAUAAUGCUUAGCUUAUAGAUAGAAGAAAAAGAAGAAGUUAAGAACAAAAA